GGCUGGGAGGCUGUGGGGUGAAGAAGGAAGGAGAGUGGUGAAGGCAGAGGCCAUCAGUCAACCAUAUCUACUGCAUGCCAAGAAUGUGUGUUUGCAUGAAAGUGGUGGAGGGUUCCAAAAUGAAAACAAUUUCUUAUAUUUUGUAGAAUACUUUACAGUUUAAGAAACAUGCUCCUACAUCCUUCAUCUCACUAGAUCUUGAACCUCAGGGGUAAAACAGACAGAUGCUUUUCCCGUUGUAUACACAAGGCCCAGGGAAAUUAGGGAUCAUGCUCAGGCUGAGUUUGUGGAGAUAUGGAGGGUCUGGAGCCAAGAACUCAGCUCAUGGCAGCUGUGCCCUUGUGGCUCUUCUCAAAAGGAACAAAAGACUAUCCUGGCCCUCAAGAAAUAGAAAUCUCAUGGAGCAGAUGAUUCCCACCAAUGGAGCACUUCAGAACACUCAGGACCCCUCAGAUUGGUCACUGCAGAAUGAGCCCUCUGGACCCAAAGUGGGCAUAAAGGGCAGGGUCAGGAUGGCCCAGUAUUAGCAUACUUCCCACAGGAAGGCACAGAAAAUCAAGCAAGAAGGAUUUCCAAGUGGGAGGAGACAUGAGCAAAGGCUAAGAGCUGGGACCAGAAGGUCAAAGCAGGAAUACACCAACAACCAAGGGUCUGAGCAGAGACUCGGUUGGGGAAAAUAGGAUUUGGGGGAGGGGAUGGAUGGGGAGACAAGGUAGGUCCUGUCGGGAGGUGGAAGCAGAAGAUUCAGGAUUUGUCAUUGUGGAGUGCCUCCCUUAGUGUCGUGGAAUUUGGCCCGGGUUGAGAGGGCAGACAGCUGACAGACUGGGGCUAAGAACACACACUUCCUGACUUCACCAUCGCUGGAGGACUCGGCCAGCUCUCAAGCAAAUGGGGACACACAACUGUGCUUUGUUCUGAUUUUCAAUAUAUCUGUAUCUGUUGUUGAGAGAAGGAGGGAUGGUCAGGCAAGUGACCAAGUCUGAGGAGCCUUUUUGGGGCUGGGGGGUGGUGACCACAAAAUCAGCACCAGGAAAAGGACAGGUAUCUCACUGCAGAACCAAAUGACCAAAGCCGCUGCUUUUUCUCCUUUCCUCUCCCACAGGUCCGAAGGUAGGAAAUCUCUCCAGCUGUCUCCCCUUUCUCCUCCCCGCUGCUAUGUCCUCCAGACCUCCAGCCCCCUUCCUAGACCUUCAGGGGACAACCAUGACCUUCCUGAAAUGAAGAGUAGGGAGCAGGCUCGGCCAUCAGCCCCGCUGGCAAGCAGGCAGGGGCACUGCGGUGUUCCUCCACCCCCUGCCGGCUGCAGCCUUCUCCUCGGCUCCUCUCCUGUUUUCCCAUCUGUCUCUCCUGCUUCCUCACAUCCCAUCCCCAUCUCAGCCUCUCUCCUGCUGCUUCCCCGCCUGUUCCAUGUUUCUCUGCUUUCCUGACUACCCCCACAGCCUUCCUGGGUGGCUGGCUUGCUCCCAAACCCCAACCACACUGCAGGGCCCCAAUGACCUGCCUCUGCCAGAGAAGAGAGGCUGCCCACCCCCCACCGCUACCACCAGCGGACCGGGCUCCUAGGCCUGGAACUGGCCCCACUGCAAGGAGAGCCAUAGAAGGGAAGGCAGGCGGGGUGGGAAGUGGCUGUUUCCAGGCAUCGCUGAGCCUGGAGGAGGAAGGGGCUGCUCUAACAUGGUCACAGGAAGGCCCCUGGCCCUGGAGCCUGCAUUUUCCUCGCCCGUGCCAAGCCUUUAUUUGGGCCUCGGAGAAAGAAGCAGAUUAGGGAUAGGGGCAGAGCCCCACCCCUACCCCCUCAGGGCUCCAGGCCCCCCAGUGCUCCAGCACCAGAAGCAAGGUGGUUGGUGUCUCUCUUCUCUUCCCUGGGCCUGUGGCAAGAGGCAAAGAAACUCCUCUGGCCCUGGAGCCUCAGGAGUGGUUCCAGCAAAGACAGAAAGUUAAGUCACACUCUUUCCGGCCUCUUCUGGCUGAGGCAAUAAAGCCUUGAUUUUACUAUUUUUAUUCUUCCUGAUUUCUUGAGUCUGGCACCUACUCAGGGACAGGCAUGGGCUCACACACGCACCCACUGUCAUGCACACACAACCAUGCACAUGCACCCAUAUGCACGUAUCUGUGUGCACAGCAGGCAUGUGUAUGUACCCACCCAUGCACAUGUACACAGAUAUAACUAUUUGCACGUAAACGGAGAACACACCAUUGUACCUACACAUAGACACACACACACACUGUACUUACAUAGAGAACGUGUACACCCUCACUUUGCUACCCCCCACUUUUGGUCUCCUCCCACCCUCCCACCCUCCAGACAGCUACCCUUGUCUUCCUCCUCAAAUCCUGCAUCUCCCCUAACCCUGCCUUUUGUUGCCUCUUUGUCCCUGGCCCUCAGUGUAAGCUCCUUUAUAGCCCCACCCUUACUUGUCAGUAGUCAUCCUGCAGUUCCUAGCCUGGCAAAAUCUCUAUUCACUCUGUAAGGGUUCCUGGGUGAGAGAAGGGAGAAGAUGAGAUAAUUCUGCUUCUUACUUACAGAUGAAAGAAACCAAGGUCCAGGGAGUGGGAGUCAUAUCUUGACUCAAGGAAUAGAAACGACUGAAUCUAGGUUCCUCCGCUUUUGUCUGCUUAGUGCUCUGGCUUCAUCCCUUGCAGUCCCUGCCUUCCAGCCCUCCACCACGAUCCCCUGCUAGUGCCCAGGAACCCAGAGUUCUCUACAACAGAGGAUGAAGGGAAGGGCGGGGAAGAGGGAAGUUGAUCUUGGGAAAGACUGGCACUGACCUCUGAUUCUAACAUUGUUCAUUUGGCUUUCCACAGGGGCACUGCCAUGGUGGUGGCCAUGGCCCUGGGCCCUGUUAUGGGGAAAGGCACCCCCCUGGCCAUGGUCCUGGGCACUGUCCUGGGGGCAGCCACUGCCCAGGGCCCUGUGGGUACCCCCCUGGCCAUGGCCCAGGGCACUGUCCUGGGGGAAGCCACCCCCCAGGGCCCUGUGGGCCCCAACCUGGUCCACCUCACUAAGCAAGCAGAAGAAAGAGGAUAUAAGAAUGGGGAGUGUGAGUGGGUUGCCCUGCUGACCUGGCAUGGAGCCUGAACCAGAAUCUCCUCUUUCUAAUAAAUAGCCUCCCAGAAGCCAUGUUUUACUCUUAAAGAGUCUGUCUUCCUUCAUAUCCAACUUGGUACCCAAGUGGCCUGGUGGCCUCUAGUUAUACAAAUGAGCACCCAGCCAGGCACUCUCAGAAGCUUGGCUCCCAUGGUGCCCAUAGCAUAUGCUUGCUUAAGUCCACCCCUCCUUUCCUUUUCACUCUGGCCCUCUCCCAUCAAACAGUCUCAACUGUGUCCUCAUCAUUUAAACCCAUCAUAUACACUGACCUGGACCUGACGGACCUUCCAAGGUUCCAUCUAGAUGUCUCACUGUACAGAUCAAAAGCCCUCAACAGAUCCUUACUGUCCAGAUGUAUUUCUCACCAUUCUCUGAAAAGACAGUGAACUCUCCAGCCUCCUUAACUUUACCUAUUUCAUCACCACCACCCCUUCCCACUCCCAGUUGAAGAAUACCUUCCCUCUCAGCCAGGUGAAACUCCAGCAUCAACAUGAAGCCUUCCCUAAAGCCCAUUAGGAAGAGAGAGGUCCUCUUUGUACACUGUCCCCUUCUGUGCAGCUUAUACCAUCACAUGGGCCUGACCACACCCUACCCACUUAGCACCAAUUUAUGAUCUGGCUUUUUAUAUCUCCAGCCAAACUGUAAGCUAUUCAAGGCAGGCCCACCACUUCUACAUAUACCUCUAGAUUCUCCCACUCCAUCUGCUAGUGACCUAAGCCUUGCAUAGAGUGGCAUUUGCACAUAACUUAGGGACAUCUAUAUUCUAAAUGCUGGUAGGUUCUGACUCUCUCCCAAGGCCCAUUCCUCAGCCACGGCACCUCCCUGCAUAUACAGCCAGCCUGCUUGCUGUGAAACACUUUCUGUUCAUCCAAAUCCCCACAUCUGGGACUCCCUCCAAUCCCCAACUCCCAGACCUCUCACACCACCCAUAUCUAUUACUAGCCCUCUACCCAGGCCUGUCCCAGGCCCAUCAUGCCUCCCCUCCCUGACAGUCAUUCCCUGAUGGUAGAGGCAGCAAGUGUCCUAAAGUGAGUGGCUAUUGAGUACCUUCCAGGCCGGAAAGGGGGUGAUUAUAAGAAAAAGAGCUGCGAAUUCUCUCUCUUCUCCCUCUUCCCACACCCCACACUCAGCACUUGAAUAACAGAAGCCGGGCUCCACGCCUGAGGGGUGCAAACUCAGGUCCAGGUCCAGAGAAACGUGAAGAAAGACCCAACUUGAAUAGUGCUAAUCCCAUUGGGGAGGAGGGGGUGGUUGCUGAGCAAAGCCGAGAGAAAUGUGGAACUUAAACCGCCAGACCUCUCAGUCCUUCGGCUUCCUGCACAGUGAAGUGCGGGUGUGGAAGCUUCUCCCUCUUUCCGGCUGUAAGAGUGCGUGUCAAGUUGUGAGGCUCUCUACACGGUGCCUGAAGUCGCGCUUCCUGGUCCCUUACGGGAAGACCGAUGUCCCCCUGGAAAAGGCCAAUGUGCAGACUACAGCCAGACAGCUGGGUCCCUCUAACAGCAGCUCUCAGACUUGGCCUGGGUAGAGGGGGCCACCACUACCAGUCCCGGGGUCUUAAAAGACUGCAAAGCCUCCAGCGCCAGGCAGCCGCGCGGGGAGAAGCCUCUGUCCCCACCCCCGGUGCCGCGCCCAUUGGCUGGGCUCUUGUCGGCCCCGCCCACCGAUCGGUCCGCCUGGCGCUGACGCAUGCGCGGGAGCCCGCCACCGCCGCCGCUUCAGCACCAGCUCCCGGACAGCGGCGCCGCCCACGGGCAUGGACGCUGAUAGCGGCAGCAGCAGCAGCGGUCCGGCUCCCGGCCCGGGUCCGGAAGAGGAGCAGCAGCCCAAGGAGGAACCCUUGGCCCCAGACGGCAGCUCCCCGGACAGGUCCCAAAGCAAGGCUGUGGCCCCUGAGGCAAGCCCAGAGAAGAGCUGCUCUCUCCACAGCUGCCCCCUUGAGGAACCUUCCAGUUCUUCAGGACCCCCACCAGCGACUUCCACCCUCCAGCCUGGGGGCCCGUCCAGCCCCUUGGCCCCUGCACACUUCACCUAUCCCAAGGCACCACAGGAAUACCGGGGGGACAGUUCCCUGCCAGGGCUUGGGGACCGGGCAGCUCUAUGCUCCCAUGGCUCUAGCCUCAGCCCUUCUCCAGCCCCCUCACAGCGAGAUGGGGCCUGGAAGCCACCAUCCGUGCAGCACCAUGUGGUCAGUGUCAGGCAGGAACGGGCCUUCCAGAUGCCAAAGAGCUAUUCCCAGCUGAUUGCCGAGUGGCCGGUGGCCAUGCUGCUGCUGUGUCUGGCUGUCAUCCUCCUCUGCACCCUGGCUGGACUGUUGGGGGACCGACUGCCCGACUUCUCCAAGCCCUUGCUGGGUUUUGAGCCUCGAGACACAGACAUUGGGCGCAAGCUAGUGGUCUGGAGAGCACUGCAAGCCCUCACAGGCCCCAGGAAGCUGCUUUCUCUUUCCCCAGACUUUGAGCUGAACAGCUCAAACCCCCACACCACUCUGAGCCCCACACCCUGGAGCAGUGCCCAGGAGGGCUUGGUCCGGCCUCGAAGGAUGGUGGAACCCCUGGAAGACAGAGGGCAGGAGGACUUCUUUUGUGGUCCCCCUGAGAAGAGCUAUGCACAGCUGGUGUUCAUGUCGACCUCAGCGGGCAGCCUGUGGAACCUGCACGCCAUCCAUUCCAUGUGUCGCAUGGAACGGGACCAGAUCCGCUCCCAUACCCGCUUUGGGGCUCUGUGCCAGCGAACGGAAGCCAACAAGUGCUGUCCCAGCUGGUCCCUGGGCAACUAUGUGGCCGUGCUCUCCAACCGCUCCUCCUGCCUGGACACGACCCAAGCGGAUGCAGCCCGAACACUGGCCCUUCUGCGGGCCUGUGCCAUCUACUACCACCGCGGUGCCCUGGUGCCCUCUUGUCUGGGCCCCGGGCAGGACAAGCCCCCGCACUGCGCCCAGGUUCCCACCAAGUGCUCUCGGAGCAGUGCCGUCUACCAACUCCUCCACUUUCUGCUGGACAGGGACUUCCUGAGCCCCCAGACUGCUGACUACCAGGUGCCCUCCCUCAAGUACAGCCUGCUCUUCCUGCCCACUCCAAAGGGUGCCUCUAUGAUGGGCAUCUACCUGGACCGCCUAGCCACCCCCUGGGGGCUCUCUGACAACUACACAUCCAUCACUGGCAUGGACCUGGGCCUCAAGCAGGAGCUGCUGAGGCACUACCUGGUCCAGGACACGGUGUACCCCUUGCUGGCCCUGGCUGCCAUCUUCCUCAGCAUCGCCCUCUACUUACGCUCCCUCUUCCUCACACUCAUGGUGCUGCUGGGGGUGCUGGGCUCCCUCCUGGUUGCCUUCUUUCUUUACCGUGUGGCCUUCCGCAUGGCCUACUUUCCCUUUGUCAAUCUGGCAGCCUUCGUCCUGCUCAGCAGCGUCUGCGUCAACCACACCCUCAUCUUCUUCGACCUGUGGCGCCUCAGCAAGAGCCAGCUGCCCUCCGGGGGGCUGGCACAGCGCGUGGGCCGCACCAUGCACCAUUUCGGCUACCUGCUGCUGGUCUCGGGCCUCACCACGGCCGCGGCCUUUUAUGCCAGCUACCUGAGCCGUCUGCCGGCCGUACGCUGCUUCGCCCUCUACAUGGGCACGUCCGUGCUGGCGCACCUGGCGCUCACGCUGGCCUGGCUGCCCUCCGCCGCCGUGCUACACGAGCGCUACCUGGCCCGCGGCUGUGCGUCCCGGGCGCAGGGCCCGUGGGGCGGCAGUGCGCCCCGGCGGCUGGCGCUGGCGCUGCACCGGCGGCUCCGCGGCCUUCGGAGGGCGGCGGCCAGCACCUCGCGCCUGCUCUUCCAGCGCCUGCUGCCCUGUGGGGUCAUCAAGUUCCGCUACAUCUGGAUCUGCUGGUUCGCCGCGCUGGCGGCAGGGGGCGCCUACAUCGCCGGCGUUAGCCCCCGUCUGCGGCUGCCCACUCUGCCGCCGCCCCGCGGCCAGGUCUUCCGGCCUAGCCACCCCUUCGAGCGCUUCGACGCGGAGUACCGCCAGCAGUUCCUGUUUGAGCGGCUGCCUCAGGGCGAGGGCGGCCACAUGCCUGUGGUUUUGGUGUGGGGCAUCCUGCCCGUGGACACUGGCGACCCGCUGGACCCUCGCAGCAACAGCUCCCUGGUGAGUGACCCUGCCUUCUCUGCCAGCGGUCCCGAGGCCCAGCGCUGGCUGCUGGCACUCUGCCACGAAGCUCGGAAUCAGAGCUUCUUUGGUGUCCAGCCCGAGGGCUGGCCCACGCUGUGCUUCAUGGAGGCCCUCCAGCGCUGGGUGGAGAGUCCUGCUUGUGCCCGCCUGGGGCCUGGCCUCUGCUGUGGCCACUCAGGCUUCCCUUGGGCACCCCAGCUUUUCCUGCACUGCCUCAAGAUGAUGGCUCUGGAGCAAGGCCCCAACAGCACCCGUGACCUAGGACCCCGCUUCAAUAGCCAGGGCGGCUUGGCUGCCCUGGUUCUGCAGUUCCAGACUAACUUCCAGUACAGUACAGAUUACAGCCAAGCACACCACUUCUAUGCUGAAGUCAGCCACUGGCUGGCAGGGGAGCUGGGCAGAGCACCUCCCGGCCUCCACCGGGGUUGGUUUACCAGCCAUCUGGAGCUGUACAGCCUGCAACACAGCCUGAGCACAGAACCUGCUGUGGUGCUGGGCCUGGCUCUGGCGCUGGCGUUUGCCACACUGCUGCUGGGCACCUGGAACGUUCCGCUUAGCCUGUUCUCCGUGGCAGCGAUGGCAGGCACCGUACUACUCACCGUGGGGCUCCUGGUUCUACUCGAAUGGCAGCUCAACACUGCCGAAGCCCUCUUUCUCUCUGCUUCCGUGGGCCUCUCAGUAGACUUCACUGUCAACUACUGCAUCUCCUAUCACCUGUGCCCACACCCCGACCGCCUGAGCCGCGUGGCCUUCUCGCUGCGCCAGACCAGCUGUGCCACGGCUGUGGGGGCCGCGGCCCUGUUUGCGGCCGGUGUGCUCAUGCUGCCUGCCACGGUGCUGCUCUAUCGCAAGCUGGGCAUUGUCCUCAUGAUGGUCAAGUGCGUCAGCUGUGGCUUUGCCAGCUUCUUCUUCCAAUCUCUGUGCUGUUUCUUUGGACCAGAGAAGAACUGUGGGCAGAUCCUCUGGCCUUGUGCCCACCUGCCAUGGGAUGCUGGGAAUGGGGAGCCUAGUGGGGAAAAGGCAGGCCGCCCAAGAUCAGGGCCAGUGGGAAAGGCACCCGGAUCCUGCUCGGAACAAUACGAGCUACAGCCCCUGGCACGGCGCCGGAGUCCCAGCUUUGACACCAGCACAGCCACUAGCAAACUAUCCCACCGGCCCUCGGUGCUCUCUGAGGAUCUACAGCUGCAUGAUGGCCCCUGCUGCCCCCGGCCCCCACCGGCCCCUGCCUCCCCAAGGGAGCUAUUCCUGGACCACCAGGCAGUCUUCAGCCAGUGCCCGGCCCUGCAGACCUCCUCCCCCUAUAAGCAGGCUGGCCCCAGCCCCAAAACCCAAGCCAGGCAGGACUCCCAAGGGCAGAAGGCUGAGCCCGUGCAGGCCUCACCAGAAGCCUCGGCCCACCCUCCCAAGCCCAAGGCCGUGGAGCCUCCGGAUUGCCUCUGCUCCUCAGCUAGCACCCUGGAGGGGCUCAGCGUCUCUGACGAGACCUGCCUAAGCACCUCUGAGCCCAGUGCCCGAGUGCCAGAUUCUGUGGGUGCCUCCCCAGAGGACCUGGACGAAACAGAGCAAACGGUACCUGAGCGGGGCCAGCUGAAUGAGAAGCGAGACACCCUAUGGCUGGCACUGAGGGAGACCGUGUAUGAUCCGUCGCUGCCUGCCUCCCACCAGAGCAGCUCCUCCUGGAAGGGCCGUGGGGCACCAGGGGAUGGCAGCCCUGUGGUGCUGCCCAACAGCCAGCCAGAUCUGCCAGAUGUUUGGCUACGCAGGCCCAGCACCCACACUUCAGGCUACAGUAGCUGAGGGAGGCCCAGGAAGGCAGGACUGGGGCACAGAGCCUGUCAGAGGUGACAGGAGGGGGGCAGCCCCAGACUGGAGCCUGAUAGUGUCUGCCCGCAUCAGCAUGGAGGGGUCUCACCCUCCAGCUGUGGAUUUUAAACCCUGCCAGAUGUUUCAGCCUUGGUCCAGACUGCUACUUACUCCCCACAUCUGGAGGAUUCAGUGGAGAGGGUCUUUGGAGAGAAAUGUCAAGCUCUCCUUGUAACUUGCUGAGGUCACAUUUGUCCCCAUAUGCCAACCAGGACCUCUGGAAGGGGGAGGGCCAGAUGUGUAGCUCCAGGUAUCAGGGCGAGGCUGACCCAGCCCCCAAGCCAAUUGGGACGAAGGGACUCAGUCCGUGGAAUCCUGCCAGGGCACCUCACCAACCAGAAGAGCCCUAGGGAGCCUCAGCAGACUCCAGGGCCUCACACCUUUCAGGGGCUCUUCAGCAGGACACUUCCUUCUCUUUGGAGAGCUUCUCUGGGCCGGAAUUAAGUGACUCUUUCCUGAACAGCCCUACCCCCUCACACUCCCCGGGCUGACCAGAUAUUUGCCAGGGCCUGGCAGAGACGGCUGCUGGGAAUGAAGCAGGAGGAGGAGGGCUGGUCAGCCUCAGAGUGUCAGUUACAGGACGGUACCUCGUGGGGAGUUGCUCUGAUACACGGAGCGUGCUCUCCCCUGUGAACAAACAAUAACAAUCCUUUACAUCCUGCAUCUCUUAGCUUAUGGAACACUUGCACACCCACUUUCUCCUUAGUCUCACCGUGUCACUAUGGGGAAGCCUGCGGUUAGCCAGGUCCUUCUGCCCCCGAUUUAUAGGUAAAGUCAUUGAGAGUAAGUAAGCUUAAGCGAUUGACCCACAGGCACAGAACUAGUACAGGGGGAAGCAACUUCCCUGGCUCACUCCCCCCUGAAACUUCCACUCUCCUGGCUCCCUGCCCCAGGGACAUUGGCUUGUGGCUAACUUGACCCUUCACCUCUGGCACCCUCUUACGACCUGCCUUUACAGGUGUCUCUGAGUGCAACACUCCCUUCCUUCCUCUCUUUAGACCUCCGUCUCCAGAGAGAGCUAUACUCUGAGCUGGCUGCAAGUUGCUCCACAUCUGCCCAGUGCUUCCCUUCAGAUCCAAUGAGAACCUAUCGGCUAUGGGGCAUCCUGGCUGAUCUGCUUCCCAGGUUCAGGGGCAUACUUCUUCCAUGGCCACAGUGUAUGGAGAGCCCCUGUCAGGAGAGGCACUGAGGGUAGUAGAGGUUGAACGGAAUUCAGUUAAGGCAGGACCCCAGGCCUGCCCCUUUUGGGAGUGUGUGAGUCUAAAGCUAUUCCCCGCGUCAGGGUCCCCAGCUUCCUAAGGACAUGUCAUUCUGGGGGUUCUCAGCAGACCCAAAGGUGACUCCUCCUCCCCAAAGCAGAGUCUCUCCGCAAGGUUUUUGAGCCCACGUGAGAGCGAUGGCGCUUGGAGCACAUGUACUUGAACACCUACUCUCCUACGGUACUUCAGGGAGACGGAGGCAUGGAAGGAAAAUGGAACAUCUGCCCUCAAGGAGCCCGCCCUCUAGCUGGGGAAACAGCUCACAUAGACACACAGGAGCGAUGGGUCACUAACAGCACCAUGCAGGGCAUGCUGAGGGCCAAAUGCCUGUCACCAUUAGUAUCACUGGAGGUCAAGUACGCAGGACUGGGUAACCAGGAAGGCUUCCAGGAGGGAAACAACUCAAGCGGGCUUCAGAAGUGCAAGUAUCUCAGACUGGAAGGGACCUUAAUGAUCAUUUAUUCCAGCAGUUUUCUUUUGUUUUGUUUUUUUUAAGUUUAUUUAUUUUUGAAAGAGAGAGAACACAAGGGGGGAGGGACAGAGAGAGAGGGAGACACAGAAUCUGAAGCAGGCUCCAGGCUCUGAGCUGUCCGCACAGAGCCCCACGCAGGGUUCGAAUCCACGGGCUGCAAGACUGUGACCUGAGCUGAAGUCGGUCGCUUAACCGACUGAGCCUCCCAGGCGCCCCAAUUCCAACAAUUUUCAAGCUCUGUAGCCUCAGGACCCUUCCUUCAAAGAAUCCUUGUGUGAAAACACAGCAUAUAAAACAUAACAAGCAGUGACUCUAGUGGGUUCUGGGUGGGGUAUACAGAGCCAGCUGAGCUCCCCUUUUUACUGUGCCUCUCAGACAGGCCCUGGGGAACCCCUCAAGUUCCUGGCAGCUCCACAGAAUGUAGCAUGAAAACCACUGAUCCAGGCCAUCUUACAGAUGAGUAUCACAGACAGGAAGGGACUUUUCUAGGGCCAAACAGUCUGUGACCACGCUGGAGGCAAAUCAAGGGGCAUUUUUGGUUUUGUGUUUUCCUUAUAUCGUUGAGACCUACCUCCCACCCCAAGUAGCCCAGAAGGGGAGCAGGAACCCGAAUGACAACAGGAGUUGUGGAAGAGAGAGAAGACCAUGGGCAGGAAUGACCAAGGGAUAUGUCGGCUCCUUUGCAAAAUAAGAAAAUCAAAUCCACUUGACCCCUGACAUCAGGAGGAGGAGGAGGCAGUGACUAGGACCUAACUUGGACCCGUCCCCCUGGGAGGUCUGCUGGGACCACUCUGUCUUCAUGUCCAAGUGAAAUUCCGCCUGUCUGGCCUGUGGCUGUUCAUCAGGGUCUUGGCUUCUCUACACCAUGGACGUGUCCUCCUGUUGCCACACAUCCAGGCUGAGAGAGCCCUUGUCUCAUCUGGCACAAUCAGCCAGGGGGAGGACGAGGUGAGCCCUUCCUCCUGAGCAUAAGCAGAAGUCUGGCCUUGAUUCAAAAGAGAGACCAGCAUCUUA